CGCGCACUUCCGACGGAUUCUGCACACUUCGUUGUGCAGAAGGUGCAAGCUCGGUGGACUCACAUGUUGGAGCCGGCGCACGCCGCUGCUCACAUUCUCCGUCCUAGCCGGCGGGACUUGAGGUACUACGAGGGCGUAGUCAAUGACUACGACGCGAGCCUAGUGAGGGAGGCAGAGGUGUACAUCCUGUCGCAAACAGGGUUUAGUGUAGCGAGCCCCGAGUACGAGACCGCAUGUGCGCAGCUGCACGACUUUCACACACAGAGGGGGGGGAUUGUGUGCGGGGGGAGGGACGAAGACAGAGAAGCACAGAGGUGCACCGGUAACAUGGAGACGUACGAGGCUGGUUGCUGCUGGUCGAAGUUGGGACAGUGCGCCCCGCGGUUGCAGGUCAUUGCUCUUUGUGUCAUGUAUAUGCGGACGUGUUCCUCUCCUGCAGAGAGGAAUUGGCCCAUCCACGAGGAUGUACACACGAAGAAGCAUAACCGGCUCGAGUUUGAGAAGGUUGCGAAGUUGGUUGAGAUCUCAGCCAACGUCCGCCUUCUCUCUCAUCAGCGGGCAGGCCGCGGGUUUGCGUUGUUGUGGACUCUCGACGAGUCGUUGUUGGACGUCGAGGGAGGCAUUGGGACUCGCCCCUCGUGGAAGGGGACGGACGACAGCAGGACGCAGCAGGAGCUGGAGAGUCAUAUACAUUCGUGGCAGCGAGACCCGUGUGGGUCGAGAGCUCCUCCAAGUGAGGUUGCAAAGGUUUUUGGGACUCGAGCUGCCACAUUGAGCUCGUGCCCUCGAGACGACGACAAUGAUUAUGAGGGUCAAGAGCAGGAGGACGAGCGGGCAGGGCCCACUACUGCCACUCCUGCCGCACAGGAGGCUGAUGAGUGGAGCGACCCAGAGGACGUCCGUAGACGAAUUGGCAAGGAUGCCUUAUUCGGAGGAGGUGAUUUUGCAGGGCAAGGAGGAGUUAUGGGAGCCCUGUUGAGCGACAGAGAGUCGGGUUGUGGUGGUGGCGUCCCUGGCCAGCGCCGUGCGCAUGUCCGUAGUGGCGUGGCAUCUUCCACCGAUCUUCCCCCUGUGUCGGACGAGCUUCACCGAGGCUCGCCCCCCAAUGGUGGCCUGCGUAGAUUGGUGAAGGGCCCGAGACGACGAUUAGAGGAGAGAUUAGCGGCUGGUGGAGAUAAAGAGGGGUUGACAGGUCGAGAUGGUGGUGCGUUGGAGGCAGGCAGAUGCGGUACCGAGGUUGUUGCGGCAGUUGACGGGGACCCUCUUAGGGGUGUUCGUGACGAGGGGAUGUCAGCGGGCGGUGGAGGAGGUUUUAGUGAGUUUGCUGAUUUGGGAAUGCCCCCUGGAGAAAGCGAGUCUCGGGGGGACAUCAGUGUCGGCAUGCAGGCCUUUUUGGGACAAAUCAGCGCCCUGCACUCGGAGAGUUUCUCCCCUGCCAUGCGUGGAGAGUUGAUGCCAUCACCACCAGAGGCAGAGGGAGAUGAGGAUCCCACACCCCCUCGAGAGACAUCUGCAGAGAGGCUGGAUAGGCUUGACAGUCAUCGAGCUUGCCUCAUGGCACGAGGGGACCCCAGGACGCAGGAGUUGGCCCGUCUUCUGGUUGAGGAGCGACAGAGACAGCUGGGGACAUUUACGCCGAUGCCCCUUGACGUAAAGAAAGUUGUCCACAUGGAUCCGCCGACAGGGGAUCGUGAUGGGACGCAGGGGGAGGCAGCUACAACCGAGGCGUCGAGGAUGGGAGGGGAUGUUGAGCAGGGGUCGCACGAGACUGGGUUCGCACCCCCCGAUGACCCACGUCUGGCGCCUAACCAGCCUCCUCGCGACGAGCAGAGGCCCGAGGACACUUUGCAUGAGGCCGCAGGCAUGCCUCUUCCCACAGACGGUGGUCAGUCAGUGGGCACUCAUGAUGUUCGGCCAUCGGCACAGCCAGAGGGGAUAGCACCGACCACCGGGGGGAAGGAGAAUGUAGUGGGGGACGUUGAUGUUAGGGGGGUGGAGGCGUCAGUUCAGGCUGAUCCGGUGUCCACGUUUAGGGGUGGUCAUCGUGCAAAGGUCAAUAGCGAGAUUAUACCCAGAGAGGAGGUGAUCGACUGGCAUGACGGAGAUAGACAGGAGGCACCGCAGAUUUUGGUGGUUCGCACGGUUGUGGGGCCGGUGGUGCCACAUCAGGCAUCGUUUCCGGUGGAUCUUGGGCCUCGUGCACAUGGCCGUGUGCCGGUCGUAGAGCGGCGUGUAGGCAGGGGCAUGUGCGCACCUCCGGUCUCUCCUUCUGCACCGUCACGGGAGAGGCCGCAGUUGAGGUAUGUGGCUACGCCUCGUGGCACCCUCGCAUUUGGUUGUAUGAUCGUUGAGGAGUUGGAGGUGCACGACGGGACGGAUUACACAGAGAUCGACACUCGUAUUUUCAUGGGGUCUGCGCCAGAGGGGCGUCUGCCUCAUGUGCAGGACUUCUCUUGGGGGCCAGCUCGCCCAAGCUUACCUUCUGGAGCUUUUAUCGCAGCGCCCUCUCACGGCAGAGCAGGCCCAUUGUCACCCCCGAGCGUAGUUGCCGAGCAGAGAGGCAGUCUUACCCCGAGGUCAGUUGCCCAUAGACGGAGAGACACUACCGACCAUGCACGGGAGUCGCGGGACACCAUGUUGUUCAGUCGCAUUGAUCAGCCAUGGAGUGAGACGAGACGGGUGACGACAUCGAGCACCGGUCGUCAGCCAGUUUUGAAAGGGGGUUCCACGAGCGGGAGUUGUCGAGAUGUUGUGGCAUCGGGGUUCGGCGGUAGAGGCGGGGAUAGUGGUGGCAUGUCUGGCAGACGAGAGGGCACAACAGGUGCCGCGGCAGGCGCAGCAAAUCCGUCGUCGACGUAUUGUUUGAGAGAGGCUUCGAUUAUUUUAGAGGAGCCUGAGGUUGUUACAUGGGUCAAACAGGUCCAAAACGUGCCCAUAGAUCGACGCCAGGAAGGGGAGACUUUAGGGGCAGAUUGUCUGCCUAUGCAUCGCGAUUCCCACCGACAUGAUGAUCUAACAGCCGCAGGUACCGGGACAUCUAGAGUCAGGAAAGUUAUUAUGGACGACAACCCCGACGACCCUCCCGAGCCUUUCACUACCGGACGCGGCGAGCAGCGAUAUAGAGGCCGACCACGUGGCACUGGUCGAUCACACGAACGAGCUUUGCAUCGGUCCAGGCGGGAUUCGCAAGCGGACGACGAUCGUUGACGGUCUACCGACUUGCAUUUUCUUGCCUGGCUUGGUGUACUGUACUUUUUUGUUCUCCAUCACCGGCAUAG